AUGGAGGACGCGCAUUCCAAAGACGCCGAAGAGGUGAGUUGCCACCUAGUUCUGCUAGCAAUCAACAAAUCGUUUCCCCUUUUCAGGUGUGCAAAUUUUUUGGUACAGGUCCAGAGGGAUUGACUGAUCAGCAAAUAGAGACACUAAGGAAAAAAUACGGAGAGAAUGGUGAGUUGGGAGCGUUUCGAAAAACAUGUAACAUCUGGUGGUGCGCAGGCGUAUGGAAUCGUUGUAUCAAUAACAUUUAAUGUCCAUUGAAUGCAUCGUGGAAUCAGGGAAUAGCCAUAAAAUUGUAGAAGGUUUCUGAAAAAUUCUGAGGAAAAAUCAGUUUUUGACAAUCGCUCGUAUCUCUCACAUCUCACCAUCGUCGCAUCAGUGUAUUUUCUGCUAGCCAUGUCUCUUCUUGAGCGCACAUUUGUUCGGUUUGCCCCCGUUGAUGAGAGUAUCAUUUUUCGGACCGAGCUGCUCAGCUCAAUCUCUUCUUUUGUCUCAGUUGCCGAGAUGGAUCAUUUGUCAAUGAAAAAGUAUGCGAGGGAUAGGGAAACAGUGGAAGCAUAACAGAAAUAGGAACGAAUGAAAGACAUGAACAUCUAUUUUCAGAACUGCCCGCCGAAGAGGGAAAGUCCCUGUGGGAACUUAUUCUCGAACAGUUCGACGAUCUUCUUGUCAAGAUUCUCCUCCUCGCCGCUAUCAUCUCAUUCGUAAGAAUAUCGCCUUGCCGCAACUCACUGGUAUUCUUCCAAUUCCAGGUUCUUGCCCUUUUCGAAGAACACGAAGACCAAACUGAAGCAGUAACAGCUUUUGUGGAGCCUUUUGUCAUUCUCCUCAUUCUCAUCGCCAAUGCUACAGUCGGAGUCUGGCAGGUGAGGCAGUUGUGUUUUGCGCUGUAGAUCAACUGAAAACGGGAGAGUAAUGUCUUUUUGACUUGCUGUUGGAGUUGAUGGCGAGAGAUAGGGGCAGGACCGGCGGCCCGUUGUGUAACAGACGGCCGCUGAGAAACGGGUAGAAUGCUCUUUGUGCCGAGUUUUGAAGAUGAACAAAAAGAAGAGACUUACGUCAUGACUUCGUUUUUACGUACGCAAGGGAUAGAUGAAAUUGAGAAGAAAGGGAUUUCUCAGUGGCAAAUGGCACGAAAUAUGGAUAAAUGAGGUCCCUGUGAUGUACUUUGCGGAUUGCUAAUUAACACUGAUUUGCCACAAACUGAUGAAACAUUGAAUGUGAUUGCAGGAACGAAAUGCCGAGUCUGCGAUCGAAGCCCUCAAGGAGUACGAACCAGAAAUGGCCAAGGUCAUCCGUUCCGGACACCACGGAAUCCAGAUGAUCCGCGCUAAGGAACUCGUACCAGGAGAUCUCGUCGAAGUGUCGGUCGGAGACAAAAUCCCGGCUGAUCUCCGCCUCGUCAAGAUCUACUCUACCACCAUCCGUAUCGAUCAGUCCAUUCUCACAGGAGAGUCCGUGUCCGUCAUCAAGCACACCGACUCCGUUCCUGACCCACGCGCUGUCAACCAGGACAAGAAGAACUGCUUGUUCUCGGGAACAAACGUUGCUUCCGGAAAGGCCCGUGGAAUCGUUUUCGGAACUGGACUGAACACUGAGAUCGGAAAAAUCCGUACCGAGAUGGCUGAGACCGAAAGCGAUAAGACCCCACUUCAGCAGAAGUUGGACGAGUUCGGAGAGCAACUCUCCAAGGUUAUCUCUGUCAUUUGCGUUGCCGUCUGGGCCAUCAACAUUGGACACUUCAACGAUCCAGCUCACGGAGGAUCCUGGGUUAAAGGAGCCAUCUACUACUUCAAAAUCGCCGUCGCUCUUGCCGUCGCCGCCAUCCCAGAAGGCCUUCCAGCUGUCAUCACCACUUGCCUCGCCCUCGGAACUCGCCGUAUGGCCAAGAAGAACGCCAUCGUCAGAUCGCUUCCAUCCGUCGAAACACUCGGAUGCACGUCUGUCAUCUGCUCUGAUAAGACCGGAACACUUACCACCAACCAGAUGUCCGUUUCGAAGAUGUUCAUCACUGAAAGUGCUGCUGGAGACAACAUCAACUUCACCGAGUUCACCAUUUCUGGAUCGACCUACGAGCCAGUUGGAAAGGUUCACCAGAACGGCCGCGAAAUCAAUCCAGCUGCUGGAGAGUACGAUGCCCUUACUGAAUUGGCUAUGAUCUGUGCUAUGUGCAACGAUUCGUCUGUCGAUUACAACGAAUCCAAGAAACAGUACGAGAAGGUCGGAGAGGCUACUGAGACCGCUCUUGUCGUCCUUGCUGAGAAGCUCAACGUUUUCGGAACCUCCAAGGCCGGACUUUCGGCAAAGGAGCUCGGAGGAGUUGCUAACCGUGUUAUUCAGCAGAAGUGGAAGAAGGAAUUCACUCUUGAGUUCUCCCGUGACCGCAAGUCUAUGUCUGCUUACUGUCUCCCAGCGACCGGAGGAUCUGGGGCUAAGAUGUUCGUGAAGGGAGCCCCAGAAGGAGUUCUCGGAAGAUGCACCCACGUCAGAGUUAACGGACAGAAGGUUCCACUCACCCCAGCCAUGACCCAGAAGAUCGUCGACCAGUGCGUGCAGUACGGAACCGGAAGAGACACUCUUCGUUGCCUCGCCCUAGGAACCAUCGACUCGCCAGUCAGCCCAAGCAACAUGAACCUCGAGGACGCGACCCAAUUCGUCAAGUACGAGAAGGAGAUAACUUUCGUCGGAGUCGUUGGAAUGCUUGAUCCUCCAAGAACUGAGGUCUCGGACUCUAUAAAGGCUUGCAACCACGCUGGAAUCCGUGUCAUCAUGAUCACAGGAGACAACAAGAACACCGCUGAAGCUAUUGGAAGAAGAAUCGGACUCUUCGGAGAGAACGAGGACACCACUGGAAAGGCCUACACCGGACGCGAAUUCGAUGAUCUGCCACCAGAGCAACAGUCGGAGGCCUGCCGUAGAGCCAAGCUUUUUGCCCGUGUCGAGCCAUCCCACAAGUCCAAGAUUGUCGACAUCCUUCAAUCGCACGGAGAGAUCACCGCUAUGACUGGAGACGGAGUCAACGACGCCCCAGCUCUCAAGAAGGCCGAGAUCGGAAUUGCCAUGGGAUCCGGAACUGCCGUCGCCAAGUCUGCUUCCGAAAUGGUUCUUGCUGACGACAACUUCGCUUCCAUCGUGUCCGCUGUCGAGGAAGGACGUGCCAUCUACAACAACAUGAAGCAAUUCAUCAGAUACCUCAUCUCUUCCAACGUCGGAGAGGUCGUCUCUAUCUUCAUGGUCGCCGCUCUCGGAAUCCCUGAGGCUCUCAUUCCAGUUCAACUUCUCUGGGUCAACUUGGUCACUGACGGUCUUCCAGCUACUGCUCUCGGAUUCAACCCACCAGAUCUUGAUAUCAUGGACAGACACCCACGCUCGGCACAUGACGGACUCAUCUCCGGAUGGCUCUUCUUCAGAUACCUCGCUGUUGGAAGUAUGUUGUCAAUUCGGAGUUCGUUUCCAAUCGUUAUUUUUCAGCCUACGUCGGAGUUGCAACUGUCGGAGCUUCCAUGUGGUGGUUCCUUCUGUACGAGGAUGGACCACAGAUCACCUACUACCAACUGACCCACUGGAUGCGAUGCGAGAUUGAGCCGGACAACUUCGCCGACCUCGACUGUGCCGUUUUCGAGGACAACCACCCGAACGCCAUGGCUCUGUCUGUGCUUGUCACCAUUGAAAUGCUCAACGCUAUCAAUUCGCUUUCCGAGAACCAGUCUCUGCUCGUGAUGCCACCGUGGAAGAACAUCUGGCUGAUGGCCGCUAUCACUCUUUCGAUGUCUCUUCACUUCGUCAUUCUCUACGUUGACAUCAUGGCCACUAUCUUCCAGGUAGACUGUCAUUCCUACUCGUAUUCCUUAUCUUCUCGCCUUUUUAGAUCACACCACUUAACCUGAUCGAGUGGGUCGCCGUGUUGAAGAUCUCAUUGCCAGUGCUUCUCCUCGACGAGAUUCUCAAGUUCAUCGCCAGAACCUGGAUCGAUGGUAAGCCUGAAACGAGUGCUGCGAAGGCGCGUUCAGUCGUCUCACUGAUCGCCUGGGUAUCUAUUACCCUUGCUUACUUCGCGUGGAUGCUGGGCCCGUACGCUGAGCUCAUCAACCAUGCGCUCGUCGGGCCGUCGGUUGACCCAUCGAAAUUCGAUGCGGUCCCCGUCGCCGAUAAACUGCAUAACGAAUUGUGAUUGAAACUAUCUAACCGCCUCUCAAAAAUUGUGAUGACUUCUUUCUCUCUUAAUCAUUUUCCAUUGGGCCCUCUGCAGUGUGUGAAACUUUAAUCCUUCGUGUCUUACCUACUUCUAGGAUUGCCCAUUUGCUCAGUGUCCGUCCCGAAAGACCUUUUUUCUCCCAUUAUAUGUUCGAUCCCAAAAACCAACCUUUUCAAAUGGAUUACGGUCACCAAUCUUUUCAUGAGUCUAGCCAAUUCUGAACAUCUCGUUUUCCCCCUGUUCGUUUCUAAUCCCCACUUUUCGAAUGUCUUUGAUUAUUUUUUGUUCCCCCUUCUUGUCCUUUUGAAAUUUUCUGUCUUCCAAAUAAUUUAUUAUUAUCUACAUUCGUUGCGUGUGAGACCAGGAAUCCACGAAUAAAGUGAUCCUAGUCUGCUUUCACCUUUUCCGAGUGUCCAUUUCGGUCUAACGUCAAUCCGGUUGUUGUUCAGGAAGUGUCCUUCUUCCUUCCUUUUACCGAAUGGUGUGAAGUCGUUUGCUACAUAACUCCGGGCCGUCGCGAUUCUUCUACAAUCAGGAAACUUAUAAGGGCUGUUUCAAGUGACACUCGCUCAUCUUUCUUUCUUUUCAGUGGAGGCUCCGACCAAGGACAAGCGCGACUAA